UGGGUGCCCCCCAUAUCAAUGGGUUCCCUCCAAUUAAUGGGUGCCCCCGAUAUUGAUGUGUCCCUCCGAUGUCGAUGGGUUCCCUCGAUGUCGAUGGGUGCCCUCGAUAUUGAUGAGUUCCCCCCAUAUUGAUGGGUGUCCCCAAUAUUGAUGGGUGCCCCCAAUAUCGAUGGAUGCCCCCCGAUGUCAAUGGGUGCCCCCGGGGCUGAUGGGUUCCCCCAAUAUUGAUGGGUGCCCCCGAUGUGGUGGGUGCCCCCCAUACUGAUGGGUGCCCUCGAUAUCAAUGGGUUCCCCCCAUAUUGAUGGGUGCCCCCGAUGUCGAUGGGUGCUCUCGAUAUUGAUGAGUUCCCCCGAUAUCGAUGGGUCCCCUCAAUGUCAAUGGGUGCCCCCGAUAUCGAUGGUUCCCCCCGAUAUCAAUGGUUCCCCCCGAUAUCGAUGGUUCCCCCUGAUAUUGAUGGGUUCCCCCCAUAUUGAUGGGUGCCCCCAAUGUCGAUGGGUUCCCCCCAUAUUGAUGGGUGCCCCUCGGGGCUGAUGGGUGCCCCCUAUGUCGAUGGGUGCCCCCGAUAUUGAUGAGUUCCCCCAAUAUUGAUGGGUGCCCCCGAUAUCUAUGGGUUCCCCCGAUGUCGAUGGGUGCUCUCGAUAUUGAUGAGUUCCCCUGAUAUCGAUGGGUCCCCUCAAUGUCAAUGGGUGCCCUCGAUAUUGAUGGGUGCCCCCAAUAUCGAUGGGUCCCCCCAAUACUGAUGGGUCCCCCCAAUAUUGAUGGGUGCCCCCAAUAUACAUGGGCCCCCUGAUAUCGAUGGGUGCCCCCAGUAUUGAUGGGUGCCCCUGAUGUGGAUGGGUCCCCCUGAUAUUGAUGGGUGCCCCCAAUAUGGAUGGGUUCCCCCGAUGUCAAUGGAUGCCCCCAAUAUUGAUUGGUCCCCCCGAUAUCGAUGGGUACCCCCAAUAUCAAUGGGUGCCCCCGAUAUUGAUGGGUUCCCCCAAUAUCGAUAGGUGCCCCCCAAUGUCGAUGGGUGCCCCCGAUAUUGAUGAGUUCCCCCAAUAUCGAUGGGUGCCCUCGAUAUUUAUGAGUUCCCCCAAUAUUGAUGGGUGCCCCCAAUAUCGAUGGGUCCCCCUGAUAUUGAUGGGUGUCCCCAAUAUUGAUGGGUUCCCCCCAUAUCAAUGGGUUCCCCCUUUACCGCUGGUUCCCCACCCGCCCUGACCCCUCUCUCCCCCCGCAGCCAUGCCCUGCAUCCAGGCUCAAUAUGGCACAUCCACCCCCGGCCCCUGCGAUCGCUGCCCUACCGACCUGCUGAGCCCCGACGGCGGCCGAUACCCCCUGGAAGUGGCCGGUUCCGACCCGACGGGUUCCCCGUCCCUGCCCGGCUUCAGCACGUUCAUGGAGAGCUACGGGGGGGAGCUGGACGCCUUCCUGUGCCAGCUGCCGGCCGGGGGGCAACACGCGGCUCUGUACGGCUGUUACCCCCUGGGGCAGCACGACGAGACCCUCUGCUCAUCCUCAUCCUCAUCCUCGGACUGUUACGGCAGCUCCUGCUCCGUCCCAUCGCCGAACUUCGCCCCUCCCCAAGCUCCGGGUUGGGACGGUUCCUUCGGGCCGUACUCACCCGGUUACGACUGCGGGCGACAAUGGGGUGAAGGGCUGAAAGGCGGCGGGUCUCAGCCCCAAUUCUUCUUCACGCCCCCCAACCCCGUGGGUUCCCCCAAGGACCCCCGGCUGAUGGACGCGGAGCCCUUUGUUCUGCCCCACGGAGCAGCGGGGCCUUUCCCCGGGUUACCCCUCGCCCCCACGUCGCCGUUGUUGGAGGGUCCCCCGCUGCCCCCCGCCCCUAAAAGUCGCGGUCCCGGAGCGGCCGAGGGACGAUGCGCCGUUUGUGGGGACAACGCGGCGUGCCAGCACUACGGUGUGCGGACCUGCGAGGGCUGCAAGGGCUUCUUCAAGCGCACGGUGCAGAAGAACGCCAAGUACGUGUGCCUGGCCAACAAGAACUGCCCGGUGGAUAAGAGGAGGAGGAACCGCUGCCAGUUCUGCCGCUUCCAGAAGUGUUUGGCCGUGGGGAUGGUCAAAGAAGUGGUGAGGACUGACAGCCUGAAGGGUCGCCGUGGCCGCCUGCCCUCCAAACCCAAACAGCCGCCGGACGCGUCGCCCAUCAGCCUCAUCACGUCGCUGGUGCGGGCGCACAUCGACUCCAUCCCCAGUGCCACCAAACUGGACUAUUCCAAGGUGGGGGCUCAUGUCCUGCUGUGUGAUCCCAACCCCAUCCCCAACCCAUCCCAGUGUGUGAUCCCAGCUUCAAACCCAUCCCAUUGCCUCAUCCCAUCCCAUCCCCAACCCAUCCCAUUGCAUGGUCUGAACCCAUCCCUAUUCACACGUCGCCGUCCCCACAGCUCCAAGCCAGAAGAAGGGAAGCUGAUCUUCUGCAAUGGGGUGGUGCUGCACCGGCUGCAGUGUGUGCGGGGCUUUGGGGAGUGGAUCGACGCCAUCCUGGAGUUCUCCCACAGUCUGCACCGUAUGAGCGUCGAUGUCCCGUCCUUCUCCUGCCUCGCUGCCCUCGUCAUCAUCACAGACCGCCACGGGCUGAAGGAACCCAAACGUGUUGAGGAGCUUCAGAACCGCAUCGUGGGCUGCCUCAAGGACCACGUGGCCGCGGGGGAACCGGGUCGGCCCGGCUGCCUGUCCAAACUGCUGGGCAAACUGCCCGAGCUGCGCACGCUUUGCACACAGGGGCUGCAGCGCAUUUUCUACCUGAAACUGGAGGAUUUGGUGCCACCGCCCCCCAUCGUGGAUAAGAUCUUUAUGGACACGCUGCCCUUCUGAGAACCCAUAGGGACACACGGCUGCCCCAUAGGGGGACUGCAGUGGGGGGAGUGCCAACCCGUGGGGGUACAGUCCAUAGGGAUGGAUGGGCACCCCAAUGGGGUCAAUGCCAGCCCUUGGAGUCAUACUUCAUUGGGGAUACCUGACUGCCCCAUAGGGACACCCCAGUGGGGGUAGUGCCAACCCAUGGGGGUCAUUCUCUAUUGGGGACACCUGGGUACCCCAUGGGGACACUCAGGUACCCCUGGGUACAAUACCAGCCCCCAGGGUCAGACCCCAUGGGGAUGGCUGGGCACCCCAAUGGGGUCAAUGCCAGCUUUUAGGGUCACACUCCAUUGGGGACACCUGGGUACCCCAAUGGGGUCGAUGCAGCCCUUGGGGUCAUGCUCUAUUGGGGACACCCAGCUGCCCCAUAGGGACACCCCAGUGGGGGUAGUGCCAACCCGUGGGGGCACAGUCCAUAGGGAUGGAUGGGCACCCCAAUGGGGUCGAUGCCAGCUUUUAGGGUCACACUCCAUUGGGGACACCUGGGUACCCCAUUGGGGUCAAUGCCAGCCCUUGGGGUCAUGCUUCACUGGGGACACCUGGCUGCCCCAUAGGGACACCCCAGUGGGGGGAGUGACAACCCAUGGGGGUACAGUCCAUAGGGGUGGAUGGGCACCCCAAUGGGGUCAAUGCAGCCUUUGGGGUCAUGCUUCAUUGGGGAUACCUGGCUGCCCUAUAGGGACACCCCAGUGGGGGUAGUGCCAACCCAUGGGGGUACAGUCCAUAGGGAUGGCUGGGCACCCCAAUGGGGUCAAUGCCAGCUUUUAGGGUCACACUCCAUUGGGGACACCUGGGUACCCCAAUGGGGUCGAUGCAGCCUUUGGGGUUAUGGUCUAUUGGGGGCACCUGGGUACCCCAUGGGGA